AUGGAAGGAUACCUAUUGAAGUGGACUAACAUUUUUCAAAGAUGGUAACCACGGUAUUUUAUUCUUUACGAUGACAUCCUAACCUAUUGUGAGUAAAAGGGCAGUUCUGUUGAAGGCCGAGUGAGUUUGAAGAUAUCUGGAAUCUUCACAGUGGAAGAUGAUCCCUUGGAAAUUUUGAUACAGACAGGAACUAAUGAUUUAAAAUUAAAGGCCAAUUCUCAAUCCCAAUUUGUAGAUUGGUUUAAAGCAUUAUAAAUUGCAUAAGAGAAAUCACAAAAAAACAAGGUUUAGAAUUUUGAAAGCCAAAUCAAUGAUCUGCUUUCUACAAUAUGGGUUACCUUUGCAGCCUUUGAUGAAACUUUGAAUACUCUUCAGAUAAAUUGCUCAAAAUUUUAGUAUGAAUUAAUUACUAAAUUGCACACUCUUGGUUAGAAUUUAAAGACAUUUCUUACUUUGGGAUUUACUUUAAUAGAGUAGGAAAAGGAGAGAUUUGAGAAUGACGCCAAUAGUGUAUACGAAAGUUUUAAUGAAAUGCAGAGUGUAAUCCCGAAUAAUGGAAUUCCGAAACAAAUAUAAAUCAAGGUGCAAGAAUUUGAAUCUCCUCAAAGAGGAAACUCAUUCAAAAGUAUUCUAGAAUCAAUCAAGCAUACAUAACCAAUUAAAUAUAGAAAUCUUGUGAACAGUCCUGUGUUCACUAAAAUAUACAUAACAGAUGAACCAGAAAGAUCUUGUUUGCCUUAUAAAUAGGAUCCCAAAGAGAAAUUCAAUGUCUGGCCUUUUCUUAAAUCCUGCAUUGGAAAGGAUCUAACCAGAAUUCCAUUUCCUUUGAUAUUCCAUUAGCCAAUGUCAGUUCUCUAGUUAAUUGUACAGCAAUUUGCUUAUUUUGAUUAAAUUAAGAAAGCUAGUUAAUGUGAGGAUUCUUGCAAAAGAAUGUGUCACAUAAUUGCAUUUACAUUGUCUCGAUGUUCAUCUACAUUAGAUGGCCAAAAGAAACCAUUUAAUCCACUUUUAGGUGAAACCUUUGAGUUCUUAACGCCUGAUUACAGUAUUGUAUGUGAGUAAGUGUCACAUCAUCCGCCAGUAUCCGUUAUGCAUUGUGAAGGAAAGGACUUCAAGUUUUGGUCAUAGAAUGAUGCAUCUAUAGGAUUUGGGGGAACCCAUAUAAAAAUAUCGAUAGUAGGUAAAUCUCACAUCUAUUUAAAACGAUUUAAUGAGCAUUAUACUUUCGAUAUGCCGAAUAUGCAUAUUAAAAAUCUGGUAUUUGGUGAAAAGUAUUUUGAACAUGUUGGAAAGUUGAAAUAUAUCAAUCAUCAGACAGGAGAUAUUGGUAUGGUGGAUUUAAGAGAGUAUGGAGAAGGCAAAAACUUCUCUUAAGUCUAGGCUGAAGUGAGAGAUUCCAAUCAGAAUCUCAGAUACUAGAUUAGUGGCUUUUAUAAUUCAGCCUUAUACGUUGGUAACGAAUUGCUUUGGUAGAGGAUUAUGCCAACCAAGGAGGCGUAUUACUUUUAUAAUUAUAUCCCUUUACAAAUGCAAGCGAACUAUCUCAAUACAGAAAUUUUACUUGUAAUUUAGACUCAUUCAUUAUUUAAGCAAAUACCCUGCACAGAUUCACGUUUGAGACCUGACAUCGCAGCCUUGGAACAUGGCUGGAAAGAGAUUGGACAAGAUGAGAAAGUAAGAAUGGAGGAGAAGUAAAGAGAGAAGAGAAGAAUUAUGGAAUAAAGAAAUGAGGUUCAUGUUCCUAAGUUCUUUGAGAUAAAAGAAGAUGUUGAUACAAGAUCCAAAGGAUAUGUGUUCAAAGGAAAUUAUUGGACAGAGAAGCACGAAGUAAUGGAUAUAUUUUGA